AUGGCCAUUGCGUCUUCGCACGAGGAAGAUUUUGAGAGCUGCGAAAGUGUCGUGCUUGGGUGGAGAGAUGGAUCUAUCUCUGAUGGGUCUACAACUAUUGAAGCGCAACAGUCCAGUCUGCAGAACUUGCUUUUCUUCCUCCAUGUGCCCAGAAGCGGAGGUCGCUCAUUCUUCCACUGCUUUCUGAGGCAUCUGUUCCGAAACCUAGAGUGCCCCUGCUCAUAUGGCGAAAAUCUACCCUUCGAUCCGAGUGAGUCCAAGUGUAGAGUGUUUGUUGCACACCGUGGGUACGACUUGACGUCCAAAUUACCGAUGGACAAAACUUCGGUGCUCACUGUGCUGCGGCAUCCGGUGGCUCGAGUACUGAGCAGCUACGAGAAGGCUGUGGAAUGGGGAGCUCGGUUUCUGGCCCACGCUCAUUCCGCUUCCGCCGCCCAGAUCACGGAGAAGUUUCGGAGAGAAUGGCGUGAUAUGACGGUGCUAGAUGCAUGGCCAUGGAAUUACCUUCUCCCAUGGACGAUUGAAGACCUAUUUGCAAGGAGGAAUGCUAGAGGAAAUGAAAGGGUAAUGGAAGAAAUCAAAAAUCCAUACGACAUCGAAGAGAUCGUCAUGCCAUUACAUGCUUUUAUUAAUGAUCCGCUUGCACAUGAACUCAUCCAUAAUGGUGCCACUUUUCAGGUAGCUGGAUUGACAAACAAUUCCUGCUUAAAAGAUUCCCAUGCUGUGCGCCGCUGUGUACAGAAGCACCCAUCACUUGGACGAUACGUACUCGAUGUUGCGAAGGAAAGAUUGGAGAAAAUGUUCCAUAUUGCACUCACAGAGAAACAUAAAGAGUCAGCCAGAAUGUUUGCUGAAGCAGUUGGUGCGCAAGCGAUUUCGGAGCUGCAAGCCCUAGCAUCUCAACCUAAAGCAGCAGCUAACAAUGGCGCAGUUGAUCAGAGUCGUUUUCUAAUUGUAAGAAGCAUGCUUGUGUGA